AUGGACCUAUGCUGGAUGUGUGCUGGCAUAGACAGCGAAAGCUGCAGCAUCUGCAGAGGCGCUGGCACGCAGGGCCCGGAGCCUCCGCGAGAUCGGCUCCUUCAGAGCAAAGCCCAGGCCGAGGCCGAGCCAGAGGUAGAAGCAGCCAUGUGUUCCAAAACGAAGAAGUACACCGCUCGUGCCAGCAGGCAAGAGGAGGAACAACAAGCGUUCGAGCAAGAGCGGCUGCUUCGGCAAAAACAGGAGGACGAACGCAGAGCCCGGGAACGGCAGCCGCAAACUAUGGCCGCUCCAAGAACGCCCGAACCUGCAAGAGGUCCAAUGGCCACGCCUUACAGCGCCGAGGCCUCCCGCCAAGCAAGAGCCUUUAGCCACUUCGCGGAGAAGGCAGCUCCUCAGGCAUCUCCAGAGGUGGACAGCGAUGUCAAUCCCGUGCCCGAGAAGCCGAAAGUGAAGCGUUCCAACCCACGAGCCGACAAGUUGGACGCGCAGAUGGCGGCUUUGGAGCAGCUAAUGGCUGCAGAGCAGACUGUGUUUGCGCCCCCUGCCGCCGGCUAUGAUCGCAUGCCGUUUGCCGCAGAUCACCUCGAAGCAACGAAAAAGAGUGGAGUGGACGCAGGGAAGCCGUCUGAAGGAUUUGUCUCUCGUACCAAUCAGCCUCCACGCCAGAAGAAGCUCAUUCCACAAAGCGAGAUGCCACGGCAGCUGCCGUCUGCUAUGGCGAGCCCAACUUCUGGUCCCGCAGUGCUAAGCCCAUCAGUCGCCUCCUUGCAUCUGCAUCUACAGCAGCAUUCGCAGGCGCAGGCAUCAGCCCAGCCCAAGAGCUUCAGCAAAGAAGCAAGCGAGAGUUCGACCUCAAGGCGAACAGCCCUCGACGAGGACGCCGCAGAGCUCCCUUCCUUCGCAGAUUUGGGACGAACCGACGAGAGGGCAGAGACGAAGUGUGUCGACCCGCUGUCGGACCUGCUCCGCAAAGUCAGCAUUGUUGAGCCGGAACGGUUGCGACCAAAGGAAAGCUCUGCGAUUGCACCGGUCAGUUUGCACUUCAGCUCGCGACCAGCGAAGUGGCGUCAAGAAAAGCAUGCCCAAGUUCGGCUCUGA